AUGGGUGACAUUAGCCUGAACACUCGUUAUUUGAGCAGCAACCGUGGUAUUAUCAAAAUUGUGCAGAUCGUUCUCGGUUUCGUUAUCUGUUCUCUCCUUUGCACUUCAUGGUAUGGUGGUCGUUCAUGCUUCGGUGAAGGUCGAAUUGGAUUUUGUUCCGGAUUGAACUUUGUCGUUCUGAUCAUCAAUAUUGUCCUUUUUAUCAUCAAUUUCCUCAACAUCACUGCAUGGAAAAUGGAACGAGUGUAUUCAGCGAUAUGCAUGGUACUUUUCCUAGUUGCGAUAAUCCUUAUCAUCUGGUUUAUUGUCGAAGUGAGCAAUAACCAAACAUACCUCAUUAUUACAACUGUUUGUUUCAUUGUCGAAUGUCUUUUGUUCCUGCGAGAUGUGAAGAUUCUUCAGGGCGAAGCUUCCAACUGA